CUGCUACAGGCCCAGGAGAUGUGGGGAUGAUGGAGAAGGCACAGCAGUUGGCUGGGCUCAGCUCUGGCCCCUACAAUCUAAGUCCCUAGAGAGGGACACCAUGUCUUGUCUGACCUACAUCCCUGUCAGCUGUCCUCCACGGACUCUCUUCUCUUUGCCCAUGUCACUUUUCCCAAAGUCACUGUUAAUGAAUGUGGGAACAUGUGAGCUUCCCAGUGAGUGGAGAAGAGCUCAGUAUGGCCAAGCUCUGUGUGCAUAGGAGACAGACAGCUCAUUCCCAGGGCAUCCUCUGGCUUCUCCAGUCUACAGUGCUGAGGAUAGACAGGAUGCCCAGCCAAGGGCUCUGAUAAGAAGCUGAAGCUUCACUCCUUGCAUCUAAGUAACAGAAAAGUGAUACUGGCACCCAUGCUUUCCAGGCUGAGAGUAGUCACAGCCCCAAACUAGGAGAACUCUCAAACUUCUGUGCCCACCUGCCCUCACUCAAACCUGACAGUGGCUCCUGACUUUCCCCUACAAGUGGCCAACGUUAAGAAGUGACCCUGUUCCAGCAGAGAGCCCCAGUGUUGUCCCCUCUGACUCCCAAGACUCACUUCAGGGCCUUGGAUAUUUUCAGAUAAAGACAGAGGACAACAGUUAUCAGCAUGAUUGCAGCAAUCAGCAGAGUGCUUGCGAUACCGAUCAUAACCUUCGUCCUCAAGUCGAACAUCCCUCACACCUGGCAAAGAAGACAAGACAGCGCAAGUGGUUUCACUCCCAAAGAGCCACUUAACCACCCCCUCCCCCAACAUUCUUCAGUGAGAAAGAAAGGACCCAACAUAUACUUAUGGAACUCUGCAGGAGGGCCCAAGCUGUCCUAAAAUAUGUUUGAUUUUUUUGACCUCCGAACAGUAAUCAUGAUCGCCAUUGGUUGCGGGAUCCUGGCAGCCAUGUUUCUACUGAUAGGAGUUGUGCUCUGUCUCUACUCCAAAAUAUCCAAGGCUCUGUAUUCACCUGGAAUCGCGGAGACAAAUGAUGAAUGCUAUAUUGAUCCAUGCAAGGACCCCCAGGAGAGGGUCAUCCCGGCCAACAGUGCCACUGCUGAGGCUUGCCACCCCUGCCAGGCCAACACGAUUGCUGUGGAGAGUUGCCAUCCCCUCCAGUGUUGCAAUACGUGUGGUGUCUAUGAAGAUGUUAACUCUGUGUCACCUUGCCUUUGUAACACCAGGGAAGGACUCUGACAUGGCACUGGCAGACAAAAGGAAAUCUUCAUGAUCAGUAUUUCAAUUUCUUAGUAGAAUAUUUUCUUACUCAAGCCAAUUUCUGUAACAUUUAUGUUGUUGUGUACUAUCUAACAUGCUAUUAAUGUACCUUUGUAUAAAUGUACAAUAAUGAAAACAAUCUCUGCCUGUAA